UUCCAUCACCAUCAUGAAGAAAAGUAGGAGUGUAAUGACUGUCCCUACAGAAGGUAACACUAAAGAUUACUUAGAAUGUCGUCUCAGCAAGUCUUACAGUGCAUCCAGUAACACCCUUGGCAUAGAUCUCUGGAGAGGAAGAAGAUGCUGCUCUGGUAAUUUACAAUUACCACCAUUGUCUCAACGACAGAGUGGAAAAGCAAGAACACCAGAUAACAUUUCUAGGCCCACAACUUUGCCUUUAAUGACCCUUCCUAGUAUUGCCAUCACUACUUACCAAGAUAGUGGCUUUGAUGUCGAAAAUGGCCCAUCACCUGGUCGUAGCCCACUUGAUCCUCAGGCUGGCUCUUCUUCAGGACUUGUGCUCCAUACCACAUUUCCAGGGCAUAGCCAGCGUAGAGAGUCAUUUCUUUAUCGAUCAGAUAGUGACUAUGACCUGUCACCAAAGACCAUGUCACGGAAUUCUUCUCUUCCGAGCGAACAACAUGGAGAUGACCUGAUAGUGACGCCAUUUGCACAGGUCUUGGCAAGUUUGAGAAGUGUAAGAAAUAAUUUUACAAUACUGACAAAUCUGCAGGGAACAUCAAACAAGAGGUCGCCAGCAGCAAAUCAGCUACCUGUCUCCAAAGUACACAUUCAAGAAGAAUCUUAUCAAAAAUUAGCAAUGGAAACUUUGGAGGAAUUGGACUGGUGUUUAGACCAACUUGAAACUAUUCAAACCUACCGAUCUGUUAGUGAGAUGGCGUCCAAUAAGUUCAAGAGAAUGUUAAACCGGGAGCUGACACACCUUUCAGAAAUGAGCCGAUCGGGGAACCAAGUCUCUGAAUAUAUUUCGAAUACUUUCCUUGACAAGCAGAAUGAUGUGGAGAUUCCUUCUCCUACACAGAAAGACAGAGAGAAAAAGAAGAAACAGCAGCUUAUGACACAGAUCAGUGGUGUGAAAAAGUUAAUGCACAGUUCAAGCUUGAAUAACACUAGUAUUUCAAGAUUUGGUGUGAAAACAGAAAAGGAAGACCAUCUAGCUAAGGAGCUAGAGGAUCUGAAUAAAUGGGGCUUGAACAUAUUUAAUGUUGCAAGAUACUCACACAGUAGACCUCUCACUUGCAUUAUGUAUGCAAUUUUUCAGGAACGAGAUCUAUUGAAGACAUUCAAAAUCUCAUCAGACACCUUUAUAGCUUACAUGAUGACUUUGGAAGACCACUACCACAUUGAUGUAGCUUACCACAAUAGCCUCCAUGCAGCUGAUGUAGCACAGUCUACUCAUGUUCUUCUGUCCACACCAGCUUUGGAUGCUGUAUUCACUGAUUUGGAAAUUUUGGCAGCAAUUUUUGCAGCAGCAAUUCAUGAUGUGGAUCACCCUGGUGUCUCCAAUCAGUUCCUUAUUAAUACAAAUUCUGAACUUGCUUUAAUGUACAAUGAUGAGUCCGUCUUGGAAAACCACCAUCUUGCUGUAGGUUUUAAGCUUCUACAAGAGGAGCAUUGUGACAUCUUCCACAACCUGACCAAGAAACAACGUCAAACUCUCAGGAAAAUGGUGAUAGACAUGGUCUUGGCAACAGAUAUGUCCAAGCACAUGUCACUUCUGGCAGAUUUAAAGACUAUGGUAGAAACUAAAAAAGUUACGAGUUCUGGAGUCCUCCUCCUAGAUAACUACACAGAUAGAAUACAGGUUCUCCGAAAUAUGGUCCACUGUGCUGAUUUAAGUAAUCCUACAAAAUCCCUUGAGCUCUAUCGGCAGUGGACAGACAGAAUCAUGGAGGAGUUUUUCCAGCAAGGAGACAAAGAACGGGAAAGGGGAAUGGAAAUCAGCCCAAUGUGUGACAAGCACACAGCUUCUGUGGAGAAGUCUCAGGUGGGAUUCAUUGAUUAUAUUGUUCAUCCACUUUGGGAGACCUGGGCAGACCUAGUGCAGCCUGAUGCCCAAGAUAUUUUGGAUACCCUGGAAGACAAUCGUAAUUGGUAUCAAAGUAUGAUCCCUCAGAGCCCCUCCCCUCCCCUCGAAGAACGCAGCCAAGACUGUCAGGGCCUGAUGGAGAAGUUCCAGUUCGACCUUACUCUUGAAGAGGAAGAUUCUGAUGGGCCUGAGAAAGAGAGUGACAGUAUCCAUUAUUAUGGCAGUACCAAGACACUUUGUGUGAUUGAUCCAGGAAAAAGAGAGUCCCAACAGGACUCCAAUAUAGAAAUUGUGACAAAAGAUGCAUCGCCUAUUGAUACUUAACAUACUGUAUCCAUAUUGGUGAUUUUAUUCAUGCACAUGCAGGUUGUCUGAUGUACUAGCCUGAAAGUCUGGGUCUUAGGCCAGCACCUGUUAUUGGCGAGAAGACUUUCCAACUACUUGAGAUUGGAGUCAGGGUUAAAGAGUGUGUAAUGACUGCUCAGGAAUUAACAGGUGAUAUCUAUUGCAGCUUAAGUUUUGUCAGCCAAAAACAAAAUCACCCUGGUGAUACGGAGGCAGUGUGAGCUGUUACUGAACAAGCCCGAUAGUGAAUGACACACAAUCAUAAUAUUUUCUAUUCUUAAUAGAUUCUGACAUCUAGAUAGGUCCGACAGCUCAAACUACAGUUUCCUGAUUUUGCAUUUAAAUAUGUGCACCUGUCUGCAGACCUGUGUGCCUUUUUUAUAAAUACUUCCACAUCUUUUCGAGACACCUACUAAAUACGCAACAAACUUGUUUGAUAUUGAUAUAUAUUUUAUAUUAUUAUUAAUCCUGUUUAAUGAAAGAAGUCUUCCUCUCUAUGGGCAAUACUUGUUAUUUUACUGCAGUUUAAUCGGUUUGACUCACUAAAUAAAGCAGGGUGCCCUCUUCCUUGCAUUACUGCACCACUGGUCACUUUAUUAGUCCCACAAAACCAAGGUUUCUCCUGUGUUGCUUGCCACAAAAACUCAGCUGUUUUUGAUUUUGUUGUACAUGGGACAAAGCAUAGCUUUGUGUUGUCAUUGGGCAAUGCAGCACGUAUAAAAACCAACAUAUUGUAAUAUGAUGGACAAUCUCCCCUUUAAAAAACAAAACAAAACUCAGUGGAAUUUGUGUGCUUGGUCCUCCUGUGCUUUUCCCCCAUAUUCUUCAUGUUCACUAGGCUGAGUCUCCUUUUCUUCUCCUCAAUUUGCCUUGAGCUAAUACAUGUCCAGUACUGUUUAUAACAGUGUAUUUAUUACCUAAUGUAUAUAAUGUAAUGUUUUGUAAGUAUUAAUUUAUAUAAAUUAACAUUGCCAGUCAGCGGUGAUGUUAUUUAUGUAGAAGACUCUAAAUGAGAGUUGCCUUUCUUGUAAUUUUUUGUAAUGCAUUAAAAUGGAAAGAACCUGAGCACAGUGAAAGAGACAUAUGGAACCCAGAGAGGGCAUUCAGACAUUGGCUCCCAGGGAUUUCAUUUUCAUUUGGAUUCUGGAAAUCAGGAUUUGGUAACUGGUGAAGAUUUAGGAUGGUUUGUUCAGCCAAAAUGAAACUACUGAAAUGUUGAAAAGGACAUGCCCAGUAAAUGCCACAAAACCUCCUGUCAUUUUCCAAUUUUUAAACCAGCCAAUGUGAAUUUCUAUGACAAAAUGUGAACUGAUACUAUAAUUGUGCUGUGAAACUUCUUCCAACAAAGCUUGUGAGGCAUGUAUACAGUGCCAAUUUCAAUUUGUAAAGCUACGUUUCAAGCUUUCAGUCCAACUUGUGACUAACUAGUUGAUGAAAAUAGCACAGCUGUGCAUGAUACAUGGGUUUGUAUGUCUGUUGAACACUGUGUUGUUCCAGGUGGUUAUUUUAUUGUUUGAAAGUUUCACACAAUGUAUGUUGUUAUAGUAUUAUAUAUUGUGUUGAGAUGCAUUCUUAAGAGAUUUUUAUAUGAAGUGAAUAAAUGAAAGCAUGACUUAA